GCUGCCAGUGGGCAAACAAACAGGUGAGUCCUCAGCCGUGCAGCCGGUCGAGGCUCAGGUUCCGCCCAGCUACAGCAGCUGUCAGGUGUCAGUGCUUCAGUGGUGGGAGCCGUGUGUCGCUAACUCAGCUUUGUCUGUUUACGAUAUGAGAGGACGGUACAAAAUAAAUGAGCGCAGGGGCAGACGGGGAGAAGCCGACUCCUCUGCUCCGCUGGGGGACACCGCGGCGGGCUCACCUGUCCCAGGUGCAGCAGUGCGUGAUGUGGGAGGCACUAAGAAAGGUGCCAGACGUUCCAUUUAUGGUAACGACAAGGUCUACCUCGGAGUCCGUGUCAGAAUGCCAGUAAAGGAUCUGCUGAGAAACAUCCGCCUCACUCAAGGCUGUGGCCAAGAUUUGAAGGACAGAUGCAGCAAAACAGCCAAAGGAGACUUAAAACGAGCUAAAACGAGCUCCAGGCGCCGAACUGUCAAGACACAACAGCCGUCACAAAGCCUGGAGGAGCUGUCAAUCAUCGUCGAAGUACUGGAAGAAGAUCUCAGGACUGGCAGCAGAAACCCAUUGUCUCCCCCACCCCUGUCCCCCACUGAUCCACCAGUUUCUCCUCAGCUGUCUCCAACUGGACUUAACGGUGACGAGUACGAUGAAAUCAUUCCCAGCCCCCCGUCCUACAUGACCUACUCUCCAGGCACAGCAGAGUACCACCAGACCCCUCCUGGCUUCAUGUUUCCCAGCUGCCCGCCCUCGAUCUUUGGAAUUGUGAGCAAAAAUGGUGAACAAAGGCAGGAGUGGUUUGGUCCCAGGAAUUACAGUGAAUAUAACGUGAACGGCGGCGCUUUCUUCUGGACACAGCUGCAGAAAGAGGAGGGCCAGCUGAGGGAUGUCUGCGAUGCAGAACUGCUGUCCGCUGAUGAGCAUGGCAGGACAAUUCUUCACAGAGUAGCAUGUGUUGGAAAGAGGGCUCUGGGCUUUGCCAUUGCUAAAAGGAUGGCCACAUUCAACAGCCUGGACCUAAAAGACUCAGAUGGCAUGGUAAACAGAUUUCUAUUUUUAUGAAUAUUACAACUAUCUGUUGCUUUAUACAACAUUUCCCUCCAGUGUUUUACAAGCCUGGCAACAUGUCAGGCAUCAUUUUUCUUUGCUUUUAAGCCUGUAACCAGUAAGUUAGCUAACACCACAACGUGACCAGUUUAUCAGCAGUACUGGGACUAAUAACAGCCAAUAAAUGAAAAUGACAAUUGAGUGUUGACAUUGCACAGU